GAGGUCCCGCCUCCGAUUCUCAGAUACAAAUGAAGGGGAGCCUGUCUUAGUUUCAGAUCAAGACAAGUGACCAGCUCUCUCUUCUCUUCUCUGCGCCUCUGCUUCAGCCAGGGUCCAGCGAGUGCCUAAUAGGAAAGGUGUUAGCAUGAAAGUCAAGCAGAGCAGAGGAUACACGGUUGGGCACCGGCUCCCCACACUUGGAAACUUUUGAGGAACUUUGUGUGUGUGUGUGUGUGUGUGUGUGUGUGUGAGAGAGAGAGAGAGAGAAUCUCCGCAGCAAUGAAUAACACCACAUGCGACGAAAUGACCGAGAUCCUGGAAGACAGCAAGCCUCUGGUGAGCAUCCUGAUGUUUCUGUUGGGUCUACUGGGGAACCUUCUCGCCUUGGUCAUCCUGGGGGUGCACAGGAAGGAACUGCGGGCCAAGUCCUCCGUCUUCCUAAUCUUGGUGACCGGGCUCGCUGUCACCGACCUGCUGGGAACAUGCUUCCUGAGUCCCAUAGUGUUCGUGGAGUACGCCAAGAAGAAAUCCAUGAUUGGCCUGGUUGGGGGCCGCACUCUCUGUAACCUCUUCUCCACUGCAAUGAUCUUCUUUGGGCUGGCCCCCACUCUCAUUCUCUGUGCAAUGGCGGUGGAGCGUUGCCUGGCGAUCAGUUACCCCUAUUAUUACUCCCAGCACAUCAGCAGAACCUAUGCCAAGGUUGUCCUGCCGUCCAUCUAUGUCUUCAGCGCCUUGUUCUGCGUCCUGCCCAUGCUUGAGUUCGGAGAGCACAAGCAGUACUGCCCAGGGACUUGGUGCUUCGUCAACAUGAAGUCCAAGGACACCUCCGAGGUGGCUUUCUCGCUGCUGUACGCCAGCCUCAUCGCCUUCCUGAUCGUGGCCAUCCUGCUGUGCAAUGCCUCGGUCAUCGUCAGCCUCUGCAAGAUGCACAAAGGCCAGAGGUCGAGGAGGGGUUCCGUGCUGAGCUCGCAGAGGCGCAGGAGGAGUGUGUUCGGGCAGAGGGAGGAGGAGGUGGACCACCUCAUUCUGCUGGCUCUGAUGACCACCAUAUUCGGCAUCUGCUCUCUUCCCCUGACGAUUCGUGGAUUUGUCAAUGCCAUCAGACCUGACAACGUUGACACAAAGGACCUUGUGGCUUUCCGCUUCUACUCCUUGAACCCCAUCUUGGACCCCUGGCUGUUCAUCCUAUUCCGGAAGUCCAUGUUCCGAACCAUUCAGCAGAUACUUUGCUGCUGUUUCUCCAGCUCAAUCACAAGCAACAAUCUUCAAGAACCAUUAAAGCAUCAGAGCAUUUCCUUGUGCUGACUAAUGGUGAAGGAGGGGAGGGAAGGUUUGGGACAGGGGCUUUAGGGUGGGCUAGAUAAAUCAGAGAGAGCUGGUACGGUGGGUAUCCACAAUGAGAUUUUACCAGAGUGGUGUCCCCGUCAGAUGAUGGAGAGCACUGGGUUCAAAGCACGGGGAGAGACUGCCCAGAUUGGCUUCUGUUGCUUUUAUUACACUCGAUGCCUUGGCAGGAGCUAACUUUGUCACAUCAAUAUGCAUCUCACCAUCUGCGCCCCCCCCCCACCCACCCCCAAUCCCUCAGCUUCAUAAGUUAGCCAUUCAGCCAGAUCGAUCAGUACUAACCCAGGCUCAGCUGAAUUAUAAGAAGUGUGGUUAAAGCCAAAACCAUAAUGUUAAUAGGAUUGUGGAUAGGACCACUUGAUACUAUGACCACACAGCUGUAUAAUAAUAUUAUGAUGCUCAGACACUUUAUUGUCAUUCUGUCAAGGUCUAAGAAACAGAGAACCCUGUGUUUUAAAGCGUAGCUUCAACAGCAUUAUGUACAAAAAGAUUAAGAAAUAUUUAUAAUAGUUGUUGCUUAUUCUUCGCCGAACUUAAUUUGUACAUAAUAUCAGGGUAGCAGAGCUCCUCCCUAUGGCUGUAAAGAGUACUGCAGCACACUGCUUGGUUAAGGGGUGGUGUCUGAUCUGUGUGUAACUUUAUGAUCUGUUCUAGACCAUAAGUGACCAUGGUUGUAUGUAGUUGUUACUUGUGUAGUUGUUUUGUGGGUAUGUCUCUGACCCAUUAGUGACUGUGCAAUUUUGUAAGGUCUGUACGUGACAAUGGUUUGUGUGUCCCUUCUGUCAGUGACUAUGGUGUAUGUGUGCAUGUGUGUAUGUGUGUGUCUGUGCAUGUGUGUGUUUCAGAGUGUAUGAGUGUGUGCAUGUCCGCUAUAAAAGUGUUGGUAGUAUUUGUGUGUGUGCAUCGGAUCUAUAAGUGACUGUAUUGUAUGUUACCUGUGAUUGUAUGUUGUCAAUAAAUAAUUAGAGCAUGUGUGUUCUCUAUAAGUAACUGUGAUUGUUUCUUCAGUGGAUUUGAAUAGUAGUCCCAAUGUGCAUGUUUGUUUACUACAAUGAUGUCAAAACCACAAAUCCUUUCCCUUGAACUAGUGUCAGAGUAA